CACAGAGGGUCUGGGGUCCGGGCCGGCUCCAGUCCCGGUCCUGACGGUGCGGGUGGAGGACGAUGUGGCUCCAGCUGGCGGCGCUUUGUGCGCUCCAAGUGUUGACUGUUGCUCAGGAGGGCGGUUCCAAAGUGGGCGGGGCUAACAAUGAUGUCACAGUCCCAGAGUUCAGUGACAUGUGCACUGAGGGGAGCUGCUACCCGGCAACAGGAGACCUUCUGAUUGGCCGAGCUCACCAACUGUCAGCGACCUCCACCUGUGGACUGAUUAAACCGGAACCAUUCUGCAUUGUCAGCCACCUACAGGAGGAGAAGAAGUGCUUCCUGUGCGACUCCACUGCAGAGUACAGCGAGCGGAACAACCAGACCAGCAACCACCGCAUCCAGAACGUGGUCACCACCUUCGCCCCCAACCGGCUCAAGACCUGGUGGCAGUCUGAGAACGGUGUGGAGAACGUCACCAUUCAGCUCAACCUGGAAGCGGAGUUCCACUUCACACACCUCAUCAUGACCUUCAAGACGUUCCGGCCCGCUGCCAUGGCGAUCGAGCGCUCGGCCGACUUUGGCAAGUCGUGGCAAGUGUACCGCUACUUCGCCUACGACUGCGAGGCGUCCUUCCCCGCCAUUUCCCAGGGAGCAAUGCAGAAGGUCGACGACGUCAUCUGUGACUCACGCUACUCCGACAUCGAACCGUCCACUGAGGGAGAGGUGAUCUUCAGAGUUCUGGAUCCAGCGUUCAAGAUCGACGACCCGUACAGUCCCCGAAUCCAGAACCUGUUGAAGAUCACUAACCUGCGGGUGAAGUUCACCCGGCUUCACACUCUGGGCGACAACCUGCUGGACUCGCGGGUGGAGAUCAAGGAGAAGUACUACUACGCCCUGUUCGACAUGGUGGUGCGCGGGAACUGCUUCUGCUACGGCCACGCCUCCGAGUGCGCCCCCGUGCACGGCGCCGGCCCGGCCGCCGAGGGCAUGGUUCAUGGACACUGCAUGUGUAACCACAACACCAAAGGUCUGAACUGCGAACAGUGUCAGGACUUCCACCACGAUCUCCCCUGGAGACCGGCCGAGGGACGGAACACCAACGCCUGCAAGAAGUGCGACUGUAACCAACACUCGGACUCCUGCCACUUCGACGCCGCCGUCUUCCUGUCGUCGGGGAACGUCAGCGGUGGAGUCUGUGACGCCUGUCAGCACAACACCGCCGGGAACCGGUGCGAGCAGUGCAGACCGUUCUACUACCAGCACCCCGAGAGGGACGUCCGGGACCCCAGCAUCUGCCAGCCCUGUAACUGCGACCCGCUGGGCUCUCUGGACGGAGGAUUGUGUGACCGGAUGACUGACGUCCGUCUGGGCCUGAUCUCCGGUCAGUGUCGCUGUAAAGCCAACGUGGAGGGAGAGCGCUGCGACCGCUGCAAGAGCGCCACCUACGGGCUGAGCCAGGACGGUUGUACAGCCUGUGCCUGCAGUCCUCUGGGGACUGUCCCUUCAGGAAGUCCCUGUGACGCUCAGACCGGAGCCUGUUUCUGCAAACGUCUGGUGACCAGUCGACACUGCGACCAGUGUGUGGCUGAGCACUGGGGUCUCAGUAAUGAUGUGGACGGCUGCCGACCCUGUGACUGCGACCUCGGAGGAGCCGUCAACAACCAGUGUGACCAGCUCACUGGUCAGUGUGUGUGCAGAGAUCACAUGUUCGGCCGUCGGUGUGAUCAGGUGGAAUCUGGGUUCUACUUCAUCGCUCUGGAUCACUACACCUACGAAGCCGAGGACGCAACGUUUGGUCCUGGAGUGACGGUGGUUCCCCGGGCCCACCCUCUGGACCGCAGUCCCACCUGGACCGGGAUCGGCCUGGUCAACGUUCCAGAGGGGGCCUUCCUGGAGUUCUCUGUGGACAACAUCCCUCACUCCCUGGAGUACGACGUCCUGGUGCGCUACGAGCCUCAGCUGCCGGACCAAUGGGAGGAGGUCCUGAUGACGGUGAUGAGGCCUGGACCAAUCAGAGCGGACAGCCGCUGCAUCAACACCGUGCCUGACGACGACCACCAGACGACCUCCCUGCACCCGGGCUCACGCUACGUGGUCCUCCCCAGACCGGUGUGUCUGGAGUCCGGGCUGAACUACACCGUCCGCCUCAGCCUCCCGCUGUACUCGGCUCUGAGUGACGUCCAGUCUCCGUACACACUCAUCGACUCGAUCGUCCUGAUGCCUCACUGUCAGAGUCUGGACGUCUUCUCGGCGUCAGAGGGAGGACACUCCGGCGGAGACGCCUGGGAGACGUUCCAGCGGUACCGGUGUUUGGAGAACAGCCAGAGCGUGGUGAAGACGCCGCCGACCGACAUCUGCUCCAACUUCAUCUUCAGCAUCUCCGCCCUGCUGCACCAGGGGGCCAAAGAAUGCCACUGUGACCCUCAGGGCUCCCUGAGCAGCGUCUGCGCCGCCAGCGGGGGGCAGUGUGACUGCCGGCCCAACGUCAUCGGCAGGAGCUGCGACCGCUGCCAACCGGCAACCUUCCAGUUCGGACCCAAAGGCUGCCGAGCCUGCCUCUGCGACCCUCUGGGUUCCGUGUCGCCGCUGUGCGACCAGCUGAGCGGUCAGUGUGUGUGUGUGCCGGGCGCCGCCGGGCGGCAGUGUGACCGCUGCCUGCCGGGUCACUGGGGUUUCCCCGCCUGCCGCCGCUGCGCCUGUAACGGACACUCGGACAGCUGCGAGCCGGCGGACGGACGCUGCCUGGACUGCAGGGACCACACGGAGGGCCCGGGCUGUGACAGGUGUCUGGAUGGUUACUAUGGCGACCCGGUGCUGGGGUCGGGCGACCACUGCCGGCCCUGCAGGUGUCCCGACGGCCCCGACAGCCGGCGCCAGUUCGCCAAGAGCUGCUACCGAGACCAGGACUCCCAGCAGGCCGUGUGCCUGUGCGAGCCCGGAUACCGAGGUGCUCGCUGUGAGCAGUGCUCGCCUGGUUACUAUGGAAACCCGGAGGAGGAGGGCGGCGGCUGCCGGCCCUGUCGGUGUAACAACAACAUCGACAUGCUGGACCCGGAGUCCUGCGACCGCCGGACCGGCGAGUGUCUGCGCUGCCUGCACCACAGCGAGGGCCCGGCCUGUCAGGACUGCCGGCCGGGUUACUACGGCAACGCCCUGCAGCAGGACUGCCGCAAGUGCGUCUGCAACCGGCUGGGCACCGACGCCACCGCCUGUCCCACGCCCGGCGACUGUCGCUGUCACCGCGGCAACGGUCAGUGCAGCUGCCUGCCCAACGUCACCGGGCUGUCCUGCGACCGCUGCGCGCCCGACACCUGGAACCUGGCCAGCGGCCGCGGCUGCCAGAGCUGCCAGUGCCACGAGCAACACUCCUACCAGACCACCUGCAACCAGAUCAGCGGCCAGUGCUCGUGCCGGUCCGGCUUCGGCGGACGGACCUGCAGUGAGUGUAAGGAGCUGUUCUGGGGCAAUCCAGAGGUCAAAUGUCACGCCUGUGACUGCGACCCCCGGGGCGUCUCGGACCCUCAGUGUGACCGGCGGACGGGUCAGUGUGUGUGUGUGGAGGGUGUGUCCGGCGCCCGCUGCGACCUGUGCGCCCGCGGUUUCUCCGGAAGCUUCCCCGCCUGCCGCCGCUGCCACCAGUGCUUCGCCGAGUGGGACCAGCUGGUCGGUCAGCUGACCAAUCAGACGCACCGGCUGGUCAACAGGGUCCACGCCGUCAGAGCCAGCGGCGUGGGCGGGCCGUACCGGGACAGCGUGGACCGCCUGGAGAAGACCGCCGGCGAGAUCCGGCUCCUCCUGGACCAGAACCCGGCGGCCCGGCCCCUCGGAGAGAUCCAGCAGCUGCUGCGGCAGGCCAGUGACCUGAUGGGAGCCCUGAGCCAGAGGUUGAACCACACCAACCAGACCCUGGUCCAGGUGCAGGACCAGGACUCUGCUGCAGAAACCAAACUGGACUCCCUGAAGUCCGACGCCCAGAAGCUGGAGCGAACGGUUCAGGAGCUGCUGGACCAGCUGGAGCUGGUCAAGAACUCCGACGUCAGAGGGGCGACCGACAGCAUCAGGAAGUACUCCCUGCGGUCAGCGGCGGCGGCGGCGCGAGCCAACGCCUCGGCGGCGGAGACGUCGGCGUCGCUACGGAAACUGACGGAGGACAGACUGAACCGGACCCAGGAGGACUUCCUGAGGAGACACUCUGAGCGCGCUCAGGAACUGGACGACCUGGCGGGACGGCUUCAGACCCUGGACCUGUCAGGGGUCAGCCACCAGACCUGCGGCAGCGCGGUCCAGGGUCAGGACCCGUGCGCCUCGUCCCCCUGUGGGGGUCUGGGCUGCGUGGACUCUGAGGGUCUGGCCCGGUGCGGAGGGGACGGGUGCGACGGCGCCGUGACCAAAGCCAGCGAGGCCUGGAGGAGGUCCCGGGAGUCCCAGCAGCAGAUCCUCAGCGCCAUGGAGGAGGUGGACCAGCUGUCCAGGAUGGUCUCGGAGGCGAAGCUGCAGGCGGACCAGGCCAAGCUGAGCGCCCAGGACGUCCUCCUGAAGACCAACAGAACCCGGACCCGGGUGGAGCAGAGCAACCAGGAGCUGCGGAACCUGAUCCGCCAGAUCCGGGACUUCCUCACACAGGACGCUGCGGACCUGGACAGCAUCGAGCUGGUGUCCAGCGAGGUCCUGGCCCUGCAGAUCCCCACGUCGGCGUCUCAGCUGCAGAACCUGACCCGGGAGAUCCGGAUCAAGGUGGGACAGCUGGGACACGUGGAGACCGUCCUGGACCAGAGCGCCCGGGACAUCCAGAGAGCCGAGGACCUGCUGGACCAGGCCCGGCGGGCCAGUGAGGAGGCAGCAGCAGUCAGGGCCUCGGCUCAGCAGGUCCAGGAGGUUCUGGCUGCGGUGCAGAGAGCUCAGACGGCAGCAGGGGGCGCCGUCCGGCAGGCGGAGGCCGACAUCCUGAACACCAAGGGCCUGCUGUCCUCCGUGCAGUCGGAGACGGCGGACGCGGAGGAGAAGCUGAACAGCGCCACCCAGAGGCUGCAGAGGCUGGAGCGGGACGUGACGCUUCUGAGGGGCGGGGCUCUGAACGCCACGCGGAGCGCCCAGCUGACCAAUCGGGAGGCGGCGGCCGUCGGCAAGGCGGCGGAAGACCUGAAGAAGGGCCUGGACUCCGACCUGAGGGACAAGUACGCCGCCGUGGAGCGCCUGAUUGGCCAGACAGCCGGGGGCGUGGCCGACGCCAAGAAGAGGGCGGAGUCACUGCAACAGGAAGCCAAGAAGCUGCUGCUGCAGGCCGGAGAGCAGCUGCAGCAGCUGAGAGAUGUGGAGAAGUCGUACGAGGAGAACCAGCAGACUCUGGAGCAGAAGGCGGAGCAGCUGCAGCAGCUGGAGGCGGCGGUGAAGCAGCUGCUGCAGGACAUCAGCCGCAAGGUGACGGUGUACUCCACCUGCCUCUUCUGACCCCGCCCCCACCGAGGCCCCGCCCCUACCCGCCUGGUCUGACCCCGCCCAAGGCUCCGCCCCCACCUGUUAAACAUUUGUUUCGUAGUGUUCACGUUCAGCCACUCCUGUUUGAAUAAAGUUU